AAUAGAAAAUAUUCACCAAACAGCACUAACCACCAUGAAUGUUUGCCUUACAAUAUUGCCCAACCUAAAGUCUUAAAAGAUUUUAACACCACGGAGCUCCGGCGUCGUUGACCUCAACUGAUACACAACAUGUCCGGACACCCAACGCCUGGGUGUACAGAGUACGGGGCUUGUUCCUCUCUUGUUCUUUGAAAAUUUUUAGAUUUGAUCCUGUCGAGGAGACUUUGAGAUACGAACAACUUGGUGACAUUGGAUAGCGCACUCUAAAAAACCACCAUGUCUUCUGUAGUAAAUCUUCUCCUGAGUGUGAUCGAGUAUAUCGGGAUAGCCAACCUCCUGACCACCAUCACUAUCUGCCUUGUGACCUUCUGGUAUAUCCGCAUGAACUACGGGGCGUCGUUCCACUACCGUCUCCCCCCUGGCCCACCGGUCAUUCCUUAUCCUUUCGAUUUCCUCAUGGCACUAUUCCCGUCAAGCAACCGCUUCGGCAGAAUGAUUUUCUUAAGUAAGAGAUAUGGUGACAUAACAUGUCUGCAGCUCGGCAGGAGAAUGAUAAUUAUGAUUUCUAGCCCGAGUCUUGUCAAAGAACUUAUCGUGAAACAAGCAGACGUGACAUCUAACAGAUCAGCACCCCCUUUCUUUACCUCUGUGAUGGAUUAUAAAGGGGGCAUCAUCUUCAGUGAUGGGGUACCCUGGCAGGAGAUACGUCGUUUCAGUCUCUCAGCUCUACGCAACUUUGGCAUGGGUAGGAAGGGCAUUGAGACGAGGAUACAGGAGGAGGCCCGCAACCUCUGUAACGCGUUUGCCCAACACUCCAGUGAGGCGUUCGACGCCAUGCAUCUUACCAACGCCGCCGUUUCCAACAUCAUCUGCAGUAUCACCUUCGGGAGGAGGUUGGAGUACGAUGACCCGGUCUUCAUGGAUAUGAUCCAGAGGCUGAGAAACGUUACAAGCGGGGUCGGGAUUAACCCUAUCAUCCGGGAGCUGAUGAUGCGAUUUCCCAUCCUCCUCAAGACCCCACUUCUGGGGAAACCAAGGCAAACCUUUUGGGAGUCAAGACAUUUGGCAUGGGUAGGGAGGACAUCAAGAUGCGAUGUAAUUCGAUUGCCCAACAACCCAAACUUUAUAACGAAGGAGGUGAUAGAGCACAUUGAAAGCUACCAUUCCUCUGACAUCCGGGACAUUAUUGAUAUGUACCUGACCGAAGCAGAAAGACUGGAAGAGGAGAAGAAGAAGGCAAAGGAGGACAAGUUGAAACCAUAUUUGAACAAAGACGACAUCUGGAUGUGCGUUUUCGAUCUAUUCCUUGCAGGAACUGAGACCACAUCAACGGCGUUACUCUGGUUCCUCCUCGUAAUGGCAGCCAAACCUGAUGUACAAGAAAAGGUUAUAAGUGAGAUCGACCGUGUUGUUGGACGCGAGAGAGCACCUUGCAUGGAAGACCGUAAGGACAUGCCGUACACAGAUGCCACCUUAAUAGAGGUACUUCGCUACAGACCUGUCGCUCCGCUUGGUGUCCCGCAUGUCACCGCCAAAGACGUCGAGAUCGGAGAUUACACCAUCCCGAGAGACACCGAAAUCAUGAUCAAUAUCAUUGGUAUACACCUGGAUCCGAGGUUGUGGGACGAACCAGAAGAGUUUAACCCUCAUCGCUUCCUCAGUGAAGACGGAAAGACAGUGAUUAAACCCCAGGAUGCUUUCACUGUCUUUGGUGCAGGUCGGCGUGUAUGCCUUGGUGAGCAGCUAGCCCGGAUGGAGUUCUACCUCUUCGCUACUACCCUCAUGCAGAGAUUCCGCUUUCGCUUGCCUGAAGGCGAGUCUGGCGACUUUGGCUUUGAACACUGUCUUGGCACCAUUGCGCCAAAGAACUUUAAAAUCCUAGCCCAGGAACGAUAGGUUCUGAAUUUCACUAGGACUUUUGUAAAAUGGUAAUGCACUGACUUUCAUGUUAAGCUUUUCACUCUCGUCUCUCAAACCACGAAGAUGUAACAAACACACCCCGUGGAGAUAUAGCAAAAUUAUCUACAGUUUUCUUAUUUGUAUCUUUUUCCUUCUAUACAUCAUGGAUAUAAUUUUUAUGAUGGUCAGUUAUACAGGAAACAAGUUUUGUUGUGUCAAAAAAGGAAAUUCAGGCACAACCAUAAUAUGUCCAGCUCUAGGCAUAGACGCACUUAAAGAUGUUAUCUUGGUUUUAAUCAAAGCGGAAAAUGAGAGAAACAUAGCAAAUUAGUGAAAGUUUGAGCAAUUUCGAUAACAAAUAGGGAAGUUAUGAAUUUUUAAAGUUUUCAUCAGUGAAAUACAAAUUGGCAACACUUACGUAGUUAGCAAGCUACUCUCCAAAAUGUUGUUAGUUAUAGAGUGGUGAAGUGUGACCUCAUUAAAAACGAAUUUUUAGAAUUUCUCAAUUUCUUUUCCCCUUCAUUUUCCGAUAGAGCAUAAAAAAUAAUUUCCAAAAUAUCGAAAAACCGAUUGAAUGUGUUAAGUAUUGGCUGAGAUAUAACCAUCUGAAUAGAUAGAUUUCCUAUAAGGACUCACUUUUUUGUUCUGGUUCAUAAUAUUACGAGCCAGAGCAAAAUAACACUGAGUUCCUAUUGGAAAUAUAUUUAUUCAGAUGGUCAUA